AGGCCGAGAGAGGCGGGCGGGGUCUGCAGCCGCUGCGCCGCCUCCCCUCGGCCCGCGGGCGGCGGAUGGAGGCGCGGGGUGGGCGCCCGGCGCGGGCACCGAACCGGAGCGGCGGGGCGGCUGCCCAGCGGGGCGGCUGCUGAUUGCCCGGCCCAGCGCACGAUCUCUGCUCCUAAUGAAAGAAGAUCGUGAGGAUGGAUUACUGCAGCCAGUCAUCCGUAGUCCCCUGUGGAAAAGACAAAUACAUUUCAAAAAAUGAACUGCUGUUGCACUUGAAGACCUACAACUUGUAUUAUGAAGGUCAGAAUUUGCAGCUCCGCCACAGAGAGGAGGAAGGCGAGUUCAUCGUCGAGGGUUUGCUGAACAUCUCUUGGGGCUUGCGCAGGCCAAUCCGGCUGCAGAUGCAGGAUGACAACCAGCGGAUCCGGCCUCCUCCUUCCUCCUCCUCUUGGCACUCUGGCUGCAACCUGGGCGCGCAGGGGUCUGCAGGGAAGCCAAGUACCAUACCCGAUAUUCAGAUUACAGAUGUUGACACCUCCACGGAUGCUGAUGACUCAGAGCGUGGAACAGAUGUCGGAGACCUAAAACCCCAGCAAGAGGAAACUCCACAGCUGAUGCGGACCCGGAGCGACGUGGGAGUCCGUCGCAGGGGGAAUUUCCGCACCCCAAGUGAACAGCGGCGGAUCAAACGCCAUCGGUUUUCCAUCAACGGGCAUUUCUACAAUCACAAAACAUCUGUGUUCACACCAGCCUAUGGCUCAGUCACUAAUGUCAGGAUAAACAGCACAAUGACCACUUCUCAAGUUCUCAAACUGCUGCUCAAUAAAUUUAAGAUUGAAAACUCGGCUGAUGAAUUUGCAUUGUAUAUUGUCCACACCAGCGGAGAAAAACAGAAAUUGAAGGCUACAGAUUACCCACUGAUUGCCCGCAUUCUGCAGGGGCCGUGUGAACAGGUCUCCAAGGUCUUCCUGAUGGAGAAGGACCAAGUUGAAGAAGUCACCUAUGAUGUUGCUCAAUACAUCAAAUUUGAAAUGCCAGUUCUCAAAAGCUUCAUCCAGAAGCUCCAAGAAGAAGAAGACCGUGAAGUGAAGAAACUCAUGCACAAAUACACAGUCCUCCGGUUAAGAAUAGAACGGAGACUAGAAGAGAUUUCUGAGAGCCCAGCAACGAUCUAAAGUUCUUCUCAGCGCUCUGCUACAGCCUUGUGUCGGACACGAUAGGUCUCUUUAAGAAUCACUGUUUACACAAAGAACGGAAUGAAAAGAAGAUGCACUCUAUCCUGGGAACCAAACCUGACCGCAAAACCCUGCGGAGAUUGAAUGUGUGUCCUGUACCUGCUCAGCAGACAUGGAUGUGUGAGAGUCAAUGGACUCCUUCUGCGGAAGGAACAUCUUCCAGUAAUUUUCUUUUUCCCCCCUCAAAGUGAUUUGCAGAAUGCAAGGAUUCGGCACGUGUGUCUUAACCCGUCCCCCCGCCCGCUCCUUCAGAAGCCAUUUCAGAACUGCCAUGCCCAGCAUUCACAAAGAGGAGAGUUGACCUUGCUGGCAUGUUGAAAGAAGGCUCUUGGGAUAUGCCCACCGAGGCUGGUGUGCCAUGUCUGUGUGCUUUGACCUGCAGCGUCUGUACUGAAGAAGCAGUUGCUUUGAGAAGAGUGGCUCAUGCUCCUUUGCCUCUCUCCUAAUGCCAUUACGAGAUGCUUAUCCAUGCUUGAGCGCUGAUGUGACUAUGCGUAGGUUUUCAAGUCUGUCUGCAAAAGAAAGAACAAAACUCAUGUCCACUGAAGCUAGUAAACCAGCUUCUGCCGUGCCCACCCACUUAGAAAAUUCUAGUUUGUGUAAAUGCUCCAGACCAGUCCCAGAGCUAGUAGCCACUUCGCUGCAAUAACUCCUGCCAACCUCCACUCGUGCCAGAAUGUUGUGCGUUAUGAAGUGUGUUUCGAUGGCAAGAUCAAUGUUCUGUGUAGCUUUUUUCCCAUACAGGACAGCCUUGUUCUUUAUUUUUCCUGUUCAGAGCGUUCUCAGAGUGCAACCACAAAAGAUAAACUUUUUUCCCCCCUGCAUGGUACUGGUGGGGUAUCAGUCUUGCGGUCCCCUGGUGCCUCAUGCUCGACCCUUCCUGCCUCGUUCUUCUCCUGCUGCCUGUGCUCCUGCAAAUGGUCUCUGGGCUCCUCCAGUGUGUUACCGUUGGGCCUGAGGCACGUGGUCCGAGUGGUACGUUGACGACUAUUCCACGGAACAGUGGCCUGUGAGAAGGAGCAUGCAGGGCUCCCCUGACUCAUGCUUGGCUCCUCGCUUUCAUCUGUGGGUCACCAAGCGUAUCUCUGCACUGCAGCUAGAGGUGUCGUUCCUCAGCUCGGGGAGAAGUACACGUGCUAGAUUUGAUGGGGCGAGCACGCCAAAAGUAGCAGAAUAGGACACGCUAGCCACCUGAGUUCAGUCCCAUCCAAGACCCUGGGUAAGGACUUGGGCUGCUAGCCCAUGACCGUUCUAUUUAGCGCACGAGCUGGGUCAGAGCUAAUCCCAGUGUCGAUCUCCCCAAAGUGAGGAGGAGACCGAAGACUCGCGUGAGCAGGAAGUGGAGGCCCCCAGAGGGCUGGGGGGAGACAGACAGCAGCUGGAAAGGAAGAGAUGCACCUGCCUAGGUUGGGAGCCUGGACAGCUGUGUCCUCCAACCUAGAUGCUGGCACGAGAUCUCUUGGGAGGACUGGGGGGGGUGGGGGCAGAUGUUCCGGAAGUCGGUACAAUUGUAACCGUCACCUGUUGGUGGUUUGGGCUGCUCGGUCCUUGAGAGCUUGGAGUCUGUUGGUCGUGGUGCGGAGUUAGGCCAGGGCAGCUUCUGGGGGUGGGGGCAGAGGAGGGUUGAGUGACGGAUUUCAAGAGUGAGGCUUGUGGGCCUGAUCCUGCAAGGUGCUGAGUUCUCUCAACAUGCAAUAGGCCUGAUUCUCCCCUCUCUGGCGUAAAUCAGGAGUAACUCUGAAGUCAGUGGAGCCCUGCUUCAGUAACCAUUGGUUGGUAGGUUUGGUGUAUGGGUGUUGGUGGCCUGUGAUAUACAGCAGGUCUAAGUAGGUGAUUUGGUGGUUCCAUCUGGCCUUGAACUCGAUGACUCUGUGACCAGCCUAAAAAAGGGUAUCAAGAGGCGAAUUUGCUGAGCUAAGCACCUUGCAAGAGCAGCCUGUCAAAGUCAACUAGGACUGGGUGUGUCCAUGAUCUACUUCUCUUGUGUGAUACUCUCACGUGGUUGUCACAAGGAAUAAAGGGAGCCAAGACGUGGCAGUUCCAUGCAGCUUGACGUCAAAUAUUUGUAUAGAUUCUGAUGCAUCUGCCGGAGGAAUGUUUUGAGGGGGGUGGGUAACAUUUAUGUUCCAAAAGUGCCUCAGAGACUUAGGAGCUUCUGGAAAACUUGCCUCAGAACCAGUUUGAAGAAAGACCCUUGAUUUGUUCACACCUGUGAUUAAAAACUCUUGAUCCAUAAAUGCUUCCUCAAGCAAGGGAAACCGACUCCCACCAGCCGACUGUCUUUGCCUAGAGCUAUAUCGAGCGAUUCCUCUGUUGCAGGACAUGGGUUGGGGCUGUUGAUUGGAGAGUGGCGAGUUGUCACUGGAUUUUUAAUCUCUGCAAGCAACAACAAUAUCACCAUUGUCUCCACACUCCAGCUAGUUUGACAAGGACAAUGUGGCAGUAGCUCUUCAGAUCCUGAUGUCUUAAAUUCAGCUGAUUGUCUCUAAGUAGUGUUUACCGUCUCCACUGUGUGUGUGUGUGUGUGUGUGUGUGUGUGUGUGUGUGUCUGUUUUGUUGUGGUUUUUUUGUAUGAUGGAUGUAAAGCACAAUGGAGCUUGUAAGGCUCCCAGCUUGGGUGUAAGUGGCAUCCUUCCAUUUGGCUCAACUGGGAGACCUGCUUCCUACAGACUAGCAGGCCCUUGGUUCAAAGCCUAGCUGGGGUGACAUGGGACACUUUUUCUCGGAAUCCAACGCAAACUUGAUCUUCAGUCAUUCAUAUCUGCAUUGGCAGAGCCCGUAACAGGAAGUCCUGCUUUUAAAUGGUGGCCUCAAAGAUUAAUCUAAUGCUAGUCUUGAGUGAACAGAGAAACUGGCAGUGGGGUGAGCAGACUUCCAAGCAUGUCCUAAAUUAACGAAGUCUCUCUGUUCUCCUUCAUUGGCUUAGGACCAGGGCUGGGCACGAGUUCUAUGGGGCCUUUUAUUUCUUUGAAGAUGUGCAGUAUACUGCUAGCGUUUCUCGGACGAACGUUGAGCCCUAAGGUAUUCAGCUGUCCAUAGAUGCCCUGGGGAAAUAGGUCCCAGCAGGUCAAUGUGGGAGGAUGACAAUGGUUCUGAUACUGCUUAGGAGAAUGGAUUUGGUUUUAUUUUAAAUGGGGACUUCGAUACAACGGUGUCUGUCUCUCUGUACUUUCUUUGCUCUUGGCGUUCAUGGCUGUGGUGUGAUCUGUACGACGUGGUUCACUCCUGUCUCUCUGGGCUUGUGUAAUGCCCUCAGUAGGGUCACGCAAGAAGUAGGAGCUGAGUUUCCAGAAGGGCGACCGGAACGCCUCCAUCGCACGGGCUCUGCGUUGCUGUGACCCGCUGCCUGUUGGUGGCUUUACACUUUGUGUCUUAAUCUAGAAUAGGUUUCAAUCUGUGGACAAGUAGUGUUUAAUAUUUUAGAGCUUCUGUAGCAGUCAGGGCUCAAUCUACGUAAAGCGUCUAACAAAACCAGCGAGACAGAGAGAAGGGGAGUGGAUGUCCCAGAGCACUGGGAUAAGGAGCCUUUCAUCCCUGCGCUGCCUUUUUCUUUUUCUUUUUUUUUUUAAGCUGGUUAAAAUUAUUUUUUUCUAAUUUUUGUUGAAAACUUUCACAGAAACCCAUGAUUUUUUUUUUUUUUUUUUUUUUUACUUAAUUCUUGCAACUCCCCCCUGCCCCGUUCUUUUGAGCCGCUCUAGUUAGCUCAGAUCUAAGUCAGGAUGGACGCUGUUGUUCACUGAUGGCUGUUGAGGGGCCCUGUGGGAGAGGAAUGCCUUGUGAUCUUGCUCGCGAACCGGGGCUGAGGGCACUAAACCCAACGCCGGAGUGGGUGCUAACGACCCUCUCGUGCUGGGAGGCUCGUUAGAGAAGCUAAGUGGUGAACAGGCCCCGGAGCCAGAACCCUCGCUUGGAAGAGGGCAGCCCAGAGGUCAUGGUUUUGAGGCACGUCGCCGCAGCAGCCUUGGGGAAGCGUAUACUGCCCCUGUUUAGGCCGUGUCUGUUUAACCAGUCUCCGGGGCUGUCACGUGGGCGGUGGGUCAGCAUGUGCGUGACGUAGGUGACCAGAUAGCAAGCGGGGGUAGAGGGUAAUAGGCACCUAUGCAAGACCAAGCCCCAAAUAUCAGGACUGUCCCUGUAAAAUCGGGACAUCUGGUCACCCUAGCUUGAGGCCCACUUACCUCAGCAUUCAAAGUUAAGCCCGUGCUUUGCUGCACUGAGGCCUCUAGCAUCUUUUACCAGCGCUCAGUUCACACACGCAGUGUUAAGAUGCAUCCUUGCCCACCUCCCCCCCCCCCCCCCCACACACACAAUUAAAGGCACAAAACGGUAACAUGCAACAAAAUGACUUGACUAACUAAAAGCAAGCACAUUUCUAUUGUAAUAAUUAAAAAGAGAGGGGAGACUGUUUAGGUUGGUUUCAGUGACCUUAGAAAUAAAUAUUGCCCUUAGAUUGCGUGGCCUCUGCUGAAAAUAAAAGAAGUUUGCAGUUGAGCGUCCAUUGGGCUUUCUAUGGGAGAACUGCCCAUCCGUGUGGUUUGCUUCUUUUCCACUUGUAUCUGGCCGUGUCACCCUUCUUUUUCCCCCCUCUCCCGCUUCUCAUUUGCACUAGUUCUAUUGUGGAAUGGAAAAAAAAUAAAGAAUAUGAUGUGAAUCUCUCUCAUCGACACAACAUGCCAAAUAUCGCCCAGGGAAAUACUUUCCAAGAGCGAGUUUCUCUUGGAAGACAUUGUUCUAAAGAAACUCAAGCCAGCACAAUGACCGUAUGAAGAGUUGCAACUCGAGGUUCCGAUCAGCGUGGUUUGGGGAGGUUACUCCACACCUGUUUCGGGAUCAUGUAGCACAGAACCAACUAUUUGUGAAUUCGUUGGUGUCUCUUUUUUUUAUUUUUUGAGUCAGCUUGUACAUUUUUUUUUUUUUGGGGUGAAUGAAUAAGUCUAGGCUAACUUUACCCUUGUGAAUAGGGUAAAGAGAGAGAGCUUUGUAAUAUCUAUUGCUAAUGUCUGUCUAUAUUAGGGGCUUGCACUAAGGCAUAUUUCUCUUAUCUUUCGACACGUGGCCAGAGUGCCAAAUGGUGCUUGUCCCACUGCAGCUUUUGCCAGCACCAGCACCAUUUUGCGCUGCUGCAGUAUUUUGGGGGGGGUGCAAAUUUCCCUAACUUAGACUGGCCCUUGCAUUGCUCCUCGUUGAGGCGCUCAUUGAAGGCAAUGGAAGUCUUUUCAAGGCCUUUGGUGUGCACAAGUUCAGACUCUGAGAGCCAUUGCAAACGUGGAUGCUGGGCUUCUCCUGCUGCUUUGCCAGAAAAACUGAAAACCAGUUCUUGGUUGCCCUGUACCUCAUGUGGUUGCUCUCCCCAGCACAGUUCUGACAUGGUGUGGGGAAAAUAAAUUCUGAUCACCAAGAUCUGUUUGCAAAAGGGGAACGAAUGGGGCAAUACUGCAUCGUGGUUACUAAAAGAAUGAGCAGCAAUUGGGAUUAUGCCAGUGACAGAUGUGUAGAGACCGGGGCAAUGCUGGAACCGUUUUCCCAACCCUCUCUGAGCUUUACAAAUUCGUAUAAUCGUGAACCCAGAUCCAAAUCUAAAACCACUACUGGGUUUUCCCCCACAUCCCUAGCUGAGCUGCAGUUUCUGAGCCUCAGUUACCACCUGCAAUAUCUGCUUUAGCAUUGACAUAAGUAGAACAUCUGUGUAAAUCUCUCUCAUUCUGGAGCGAAACUAGCAAUAUCUCUUUGUAUGUCGUUAACGCGAACUAAAAUUUGUGGCGAUUUUCUUCCUCGAGUUUUUGUAGUGUAACUUUUUGUAGUUUUUGUUUUUUUAUGGUACCUUUUUUACACAGAUCUGUCUAGCAUUCGUGUUACUGAAAGUAUUGUAAAGUGACAAAUGCUUUUUAUGUACUUUGACAAUGCCUCAUUUAUUAACGAGAAAAGCUUAUGUAACAAUUCAAUACAUUAUCAAAGCACACGAGUUAGAUCCUUUUUGUUUUUUAAAUAAAGCACUUUGCAGAUAGAAAUGCUACUGAGA